CCGGGUCGCGCGCAGCCUGAGGCGGGUGGCGAGCCGGGGUUUCGAGGAGCAGGGUUUGCUCUGGGGGCGCUGGGAGCGCUGCCUAGGAAUGCAGGUCCCUGGGCCUUUCCCAGGGAGGCCGGUCUCUGGGGCUGCGUGUAUUUUAAGACCCGCUCCUCCCCCACCCUUGGGCAGGUUCCGAAACCGGCGCCUCUCAGUGGGUCGUGGCCCCUUCAGUCGCAAGACGUGGGAUGGCUGCACUUGGCCUGGGCGAGGUGGCAGGGACCGCUCCCCGCUUGAUAGAACAAAGAAUUAGCAGGCAGCUGGAAGCCCAGUCCCAGAAUGUCGGCCACCUGCUGUUUGCCUUUUCCUUCCUUUUUUUCUUUCUCUGACUGGUGGAAGAUGCUUUUGUUUCUUAGCCAGCUUUGAUGGCUCUCUCCGCUUUGCUUCAGGACCCUGAUGAAAGGAAGGCAGGCAGGACACCUGCCACGUGCUGAAUACCCGCCAGGUGUUGGGGGUUGUGCAGCAGGUCCUGGGCCUUUGCUAGCCCCGUUUGAGAGGAGGGAAAGGACGGCAGCCUGUUCAGGAUAGACUCAGGAUCUAGUCUCCAGGGUUGGUGGAGGGAGUACAGUCUGCAUCUCGUAGGGACAUGAUUGUGUGUCCCCUUCAUUGCAGCUGUCUAUGACGUCACGCCUUCGCUGUCUGCUUAGAAACUUAAGUCCUUGUAGUAAAGUUCUCCUGGGCCCUUGGAGGUUCAGGCUAGGAACCACUUGUCCUCACUUAAUUCCAAGCACGUUUGUGUGCUCACUUCUUCCUUUUAGAACUAAAGACAGGUUUUUCUGCCUCUAGUUAUUUGUUAACUUAACAGACACCUCUGCAGUACCUGCUCAGUGUCUGGUGGUGUGGGGUCCUGGCCACUCAGUGGGAAGAAGACCGGGGCCCUCCCCUCCUGGGUCACAGCUGAUGCCCCAGGCGUCACCCCACAGUUACAGGUGAUGACAUGGGAGGGGUGCAGGAGUCUGAGGGCAGCUGAUGGGGGCACCUGGUUGAGCUGAGGCAGCCCAAUGAGCGCCUGUCUGCGGUGCUGACAGAGCAGAGCCCUGGCAGGAGAUCCAGGAGGAGCCGCCCAGAUAUCCCAAACAGCCUGUGCAGAGGGUCGGGAGCUGAGCCAAGGCCGGUGUGGCUGGAGUAACCCAGACCAUCAUCACCCACCUUUCAUCCCUACCUGCCUGGGCUUCUCAUGGCCUCAGCCUAGUGGGACACCACUCCAAGGCCCCAGCCCUGAGCAUUAGGGUCUAGUGGUAGCGAAAAGCUCCAAACGGGCUAGACAGAUGGAAUCCCAGGUUUCCCAUGGCUCCUCUGAGAAGUGAGGGUCUGAGACAGGAGAGCGGGGCUUGCAGGGUCCAGUGCCACUCCUAGGUCUGACCUGUGACCCUCCGGUCCCACCAGGUGGAAGGUCUAGGGAAAUGUGAUACGGAGCCCAUGGUGUUUUCUGAAAAGUGGGUCCUUGGCCCUCUCACCACCCACUGGCCACCCUGCAGAGCCAGGCAACUAGGCAGGAGCACAUGUGGUUCUCUUAAAUGCGGAUGGAAGGCAGGUCUCAGGCCAUUGAGUCAGACAGACCUGGCUUGGGUCCUAGUGCUGCCUGCAAGCCUGUGGAGCCUUGGUGUCCUGGUCCAGAGAGUGGGAGGGAGCAAAUGUGUUCCUUGCAAGAUUGUCACCCUGGAGAUGUGGUGUGACCUCACAGAUCGCCCUGUGGGCACUGACACCUCUCCAAGUGGGCAGUCUGGUCCUCAGGUUUUGAUCCAGGUUCUGGUGGCCUGGGAGGUGGGGGUGGAACAUCUGGUUGCAGCUGUGCAUUUUCUUUGGGAAAAUAGUCUCCCUGCCUGGUGUGUUCAGUUGGACAAGAAAUUGAGCACUUGUGGGAAGUUAGGCUCAGCUUGGCCAUGACCGGCUGCAUCUUGCCGUGUGGGUCUCACUGGGCAGCGCAAGGGACAAGCCUUCUGACCGGAGGGGUGUCAACACCCACUGCCCCUUCCUCCUGGGGCCCAGGCUGCCUUUCAGUCCUGCAUCCAUCUCAGGCCCUGGGCUCGAUGCCGAGCACUGGCUCCCGUCCCCGAGGCCAGCCAGGCUCCAGCCUGGGAGGUUCUGAUGUCCACAGGCCUUCAGGGCAUCCCUGACUCAGCCCAGAGCACCCUCCGGCCUGGGGCUCCUGGCUGCCUGUCAGUACAGAUCUGCAAAACUGGUCUAAAAAUUGAGAUAUAAUUCACAUUACAUACAAUUCACCCUUUAAAAGCGUCCCGCUCAGCAGUUUUUGGGCUGUUCACACAGUUGUGUCACCGCUGUCUAGUUCUAGGACAUUCGCAGAGCCCCAGAAUGAGCCCUGUGCCCCUUAGUGCCACUCCCCAGCCCCUCCCCCGGCUCCUGGCAACCCCCAAUCCACUUUCUGUCUGGGGUUCAUUUUUUAACACCUUUGUCCUGGUAGGAGUCACAUGCUAUACAGUUUGCCUGAGUACACCGUCACCGCUGUUCCCAUAGAGCAGCUUCCUCAGCCUAAGAGGAGCCCCAGACCUUUCACUGUCACUGCUCGGCACCCCAUUCCCUGGCCCGAAGCCCUGCUAACCUCCAGUCUAUUUCUGUCUCCCUGUUCUCAUCCAUCGUCUUAAGCACAAAAGCAGCGAAUAGGGGGACUGGAGGCAAAGACACAAGGAGUGUCUCUUGGGGUCCUUUCUGUUGCCGAACCUGAAGCCAAGUGGGGACCCAGGGUCCUUUCUGCUGCUCCAGGCACGCGGCUCAGGUCACACCAGCCAGCACAGAGUGUGGUAGAAAAGAGGCUCUUCCACCAGAGUCUGGGGCUGUGGUGGAGGGGCUCCGAAUCCCCAGCCGUGGGGGCUGCCUGUGCUGGGCGCCUGGUCCCUGGCCGAGCCACUGGCCCGGUCCAGUGGGGCUGUGAUGGGCUCCACACUGCCCUCUACCAUCCCUUGUCUGCGGGGCUGGAGGGGGCAUGCGCUUGCUUGAAUUAGGGGCUCACCCUGAAAAUUUUCCAGGGGAGGUCGACAAAACAAAGCUCCUUCUCAGCUUAAGGCUGUGAGUGACAGGGAUGUCCUAGACAGGCGCGAGGCCUGCUGGGCACCAUGCAAGCGCAGGAGAUGUAGUGAGUGUAGUUAACUGGUGUCAGUAUGUUCAUGGAGUUGUGUGGCUGCCACUUGUGAUUAGAAGAUCUGUGACCCCAAAAGGAAGCCGCAGCCCCCUGUGUCUGUGGACUGGCCUGUUCUGGACAUCUCAAAUCCAUGGAGUCACACACUGUGUGUCCUUCUGCGUCUGCUUCUCUCACUGAGCGUCGUGCUCUCAGGCCCAAGCGGGAAGAAGUUUCGGAGCAAGCCACAGCUGGCACGGUACCUGGGGGGCUCCAUGGACCUGAGCACCUUUGACUUCCGCACGGGCAAGAUGCUGAUGAGCAAGAUGAACAAGAGCCGGCAGAGGGUGCGGUACGACUCCCCCAACCCGGUCAAGGGCAAACCCGACCUGAACACGGCCCUCCCGGUCAGGCAGACCGCGUCCAUCUUCAAGCAGCCAGUGACCAAGAUCACCAACCACCCCAGCAACAAGGUGAAGAGUGACCCCCAGAAGGCCGUGGAACAGCCCCGGCAGCUCUUCUGGGAGAAGAAGCUGAGCGGCUUGAAUGCCUUCGACAUUGCAGAGGAGCUGGUGAAAACCAUGGACCUCCCCAAGGGUUUGCAAGGCGUGGGGCCCGGCUGCACGGAUGAGACGCUGCUCUCGGCUAUCGCCAGUGCCCUGCAUACCAGCACCAUGCCCAUCACCGGGCAGCUCUCGGCCGCCGUGGAGAAGAACCCCGGGGUGUGGCUCAACACAGCCCAGCCGCUCUGCAAGGCCUUCAUGGUGACUGACGAGGACAUCAGGAAGCAGGAGGAGCUGGUGCAGCAGGUCCGCAAGCGGCUGGAGGAGGCACUGAUGGCCGACAUGCUGGCCCAUGUGGAGGAGCUGGCCCGGGACGGGGAGGCACCGCUGGAUAAGGUGGGCGCCGACGAUGAGGAGGAGGAUGAGGAGGAGGAUGAGGAGGAGGAGCCGGACCAGGACCAGGAGAUGGAGCACGUCUAGAGCAGAGCCUGCCCCGCCCUGCCCUGCCUGCGUUGGGCCGCCUGCAGGCUCGGCCCUCCUGAGUUGGGACCAGGCUCGCUGGCCCGGCCCCUCCUUGCCCUGCCCAGGCGUGCCCUCCCCGCCAGGCCUCGGGGGCGCGGCUGAAGGACGGUCUCUAACCUGCCAGGCCCCCACGGCUGUGUUGCUCUGAAGGGGCCAGGUCUGUAGGCACCAGUUGCUCCACGCCAGGCUCAGGCCAGCCUGGUCCCCGCAGCCACUGCCACCGGGCAGCCUGCGAGGUUCCCCAUGGGCCUGGGGAAACAUUUUCUGGAACGGUCUCACUUCCGACCUGUGCACGUGAUGGAUGAUGUUCCGGACCACGUGUCCACCCUUCAGGAGAGGGUGCAGGAUGGCUCUCCGGUGCCCCGAGCUGGGCAGAGCCAUGGCGACUCGGAGAGUACCCGAAAGCAAACGGCACAACCCAGACGUUUUCCUUCAAUAAACCCGUGGUACAAACGAGGCUGGACGUCCACGUGGCUACUUAAGCUUCUGUGUUUGCUGCACACGGACAGGACCUUGGCCUUUGAGCCUGAAAAUCUCAGUCUGCAGCCAGGCUGGCGCUGCCUGAGGGUCAGUGCCCUGGACGAACUGCUUGCGGCCAGGAGCACUGGUGGCCGGACUCGCUGGGCCAGGGCUCCGCGGCAGCGCUGCCGCCCACCAGCCUCCAAGCCUCAGCUUUGCCUGGGAGGGCAGGACCAGUGGUGCCCAGCUGGUGGGCUUGGGGCCUCAUGCUGCCUGGGGCCCAGGGAGCAGCCUCCGCGGAACGUUGGGCAGGGAGGCCGUCGGGGACGUGCUGCCCCCCCCCAGCGCCAAGUGCCCCUGGUGAGGGGGGUGUCCACUGCUCUGAGUGGAGCCUGGGCCAGCACCCUCCCCUCGGUCCCAGGAUGCCCUUGGGGUGGCCCUGGCACUCCAUUGGCCCAAAGACACAAGCUGUGGGCCAGUGCAUUGCCAGUGCAUCCCCAGUGCCCAGCAGCCCUGCAGCCGUACUGCUGGGAGGGGCCCAAGUCGCUGCCUCCUUUGACCAGACACCCUGUGCUGCGGUGAGCCUGCCAGGCAGGGUGACAGUGGGAGCACCUCGGGGCUGUGGCUUGCCCCUCCCUCCAAGGACACUGGCCUGGAAGGUCGGGCUGACCGCAUCCUCCCAAAGCACAAAGCCCCUAGGACUGAGCGCUGGCCUUUGGGGCUGCAGUACCCAUCCAGGGCCGGGCUGCCACGACCCCAGGAAGGCCCCUCGGCCCAGGCUGCAGCACUGAGGGGGAGCCUGGUGGAGCCGCGGGAGGCCCCUGUGUGCAGCGCCGAAUAAAACACGUCCUGCA